AUGGUGCGCUUAGUAGUCACAGUACCCACAGAGUUUACUGAAGAGACGAAGUCGAUUAUGAGACAGUGCAUGUAUGAUGCUGGUUUGAUCAAUAAAUCUAGCACACAAAACCUAAAGUUUACUACCGAACCUGAAGCUGCGGCCAUACAUUGUAUUAAAGUGUUAAAAGAGCAUAGUCUGAAAACUGGAG